GCAUGCGUGUUUAGAUGGGGCCAUCUAUUUAUAUAACCAGCCACGUCAAAGUGCAGUUUGCCCUUGGGCCGACAGCAUGACGGGAGUCGUUCCGACCGACGACGAUGACCAGCCCUUGCGGCCAGACAACUCGACGUUCGACACCAUCACACUCCCUUUGUCCACAACUUCCCUCACGUCCAUUCUUCAUGCGCGUUGCCGCGUCGCGUCAUCCCUUGGCCGCGAAUGCAUGUCCGAGUUCUUUGCCACGUUUGUCAUGAUGGGGUUUGGAACUGGAUCGGGGGCUCAAGUGGCGUUGUCGAAUGGGCAACACGGAAACUACACCCACAUUACGUUGUGCUGGGGAAUAGCUGUCAUGCUCGGCAUCCACAUCGGGGGAGCGAUCAGCGGUGCUCACAUGAACCCGGCCGUGUCGUUUACGUGGUGUGUGUUGGGUAAAUUCCCGUGGAUGAAGCUCCCGUGGUACUGCAUCAGUCAAGUGAGUGUACGACCCGGCCUUUUCCAUCGAAAAAUCGGGGCGCAUCUUUGUGUCUGGCCCCCAAGUUACCGAGACAUUGCUGUCUGCGUUCAUCACGGAGGUUCUCUGCGCGGCAUUUCUCAUCAUUGGCGUCCUCGCGAUUACCCAUCCGUCAAAUCCCCACAUGAAUGCUCUUGGAAUACCCACGACGACGGGCCUGCUCGUGGUUGGAAUCGGGAUGGCCUUUGGGCUCAACACAGGUCGAGCCCCCGAAUUCUUUGGAUUCGCCCAACAAACGUUGUUACGCCGCUCUAUGCUCAUUAGGGUAUGCCGUGAAUCCUGCGGCGGACCUUGGCUGCCGACUCUUUGCCCUCGUGGCUGGCUGGGGCCCCAUUGUCUUUACAGUGAACGACGGAUACUGGUGGAUACCCCUCGUCGCGCCGUGCCUGGGGGGAGUACUGGGGGGGUGCGUCUACACCAUCUCUAUCGACGCGCAGCACCCCGACAAGGACAUGAAGGCGACUACAUCUACCCUCAAGUAACCAAGAAAACAAAAUUUCGGCAACCA